AUGAAGAGGAAGAAUAUUAGUGACGAUAUAGAAUUAAGACAAGGAGGGAAAGAAUUCACUAAUAACUUAAAGUGGAAGGAAGUUGUAAUAGACCCUAGAUUAAUAUCAAAUUUGACCAUCCAUGGUGUUAGCUUUAUAGAAGAGCUUAUUAAUCCAGAAGAUAUAAAUAUAUAUAAUCCAGUAGGUGAAGACAAAUGUUUUAGUGAAGGAGAAAGGAAAAAAAAAGUAAAGAAAGGUACUAUUAAGAAGCAAUGCAGUAAAUCUAUUAAGGAUUUUAUGAUAAAUGUUAAAGAUAAGAUUUUACAUCCUGAUGAAUAUUGGGAGGAAUAUGGCUACUUGAGAGAAUCUUUAAAAAAUUGGGUAGAUAUUAUUGAAAGACAUACUUUUAAUUUUAAUAAUGUUAAGGAGAAUGAAUGUUUAUCAGAUGAUUUAAGAACUCCAAAUAUAGUUAUACAUCCAAGUAUAUUGAAAGGUAUUGAGAAAUUGGGAUUUUUUAGUCCUACAAAAGUUCAAGAGAUGUGUUUAAUACCAGCAAUACGUGAUAGAAAGGAUAUAAUAGCUACAGCUGAAACAGGUUCUGGAAAAACACUUGCAUAUGGUAUUCCUAUCCUUGUGAAUAUCAUGUUUACUGAACAAAGACGAAGAGAAAAAUUAGAGACAAAGUCUUUAAAAUUUAAUAGUUUAGAAGAUAAAUAUAUAAAUAAUUCAAUAGAUGAUACUGAUUAUUUUGAGAAGAUUUUAGAUUCUAAUGAUAAUGAAAAUAAUGAAGAAGUAGAUGAUACAUUAGUGACAUUGAAAGAGUUAGGUUUCAAAAUAACAGAAAUUUCAGGAGAUAUUGAACUAGAUAAAAAUGAAUUUUAUGAAAUAGAUAAACCAUUACAAGCUUUAAUUAUUCUUCCAAGUAGAGAGCUAGCUUUACAGGUUAGAGAUCAUUUGCGUGCUGUAGGACACUUUACAGGAUUAGGGAUUCAUGCAUUUGUUGGUGGAUUUUCUAUAGAGAAACAAGAGCGUUUAAUAAUUCAGAAUAAGGUUCAGAUAGCAGUUGGUACACCUGGGCGUUUAGCAGAUUUGAUACUUAAUAAUUAUAAAAUAGAAGAUAUUGGAAAAAGUGAAUUGGAAAGGAAAAUGAACAAGAUUUUAUCUAUAGAAUAUUUAAGGUUUUUAGUUUUGGAUGAGGCAGAUAGGUUAGUUGAACAAGGUCAUUAUAAAGAAUUAAAAUUAAUUCUCGAUAAUAUAUAUGAAGAGAAUGGUCAGAAAAAGAAAUUUAGAAAACCUAUUCAGACAUAUAUUUUUUCAGCUACAUUAAAUUUACCUGAUAAAUUACAUCCAAGAUUUUCUUUAAAAAAAAAUAAUAAUAAGCAUACAAAAGAUGGAAAGAAUAAUGAUCAGAUAAACUCUGAUUUAAUUGGAAAUACAGGUAAAGCAAUGCAAAGUAUUUUGCAAUAUAUUAAACUUCAAAAUGAUAAGGUAUUUGUAGUAGACCUAUCAAGAUUUAAAAUAAGUUAUAAUAAAGAUGAGAAUAUCGAUGAAAAUCAUAAAUAUGUUCAAUCUACAAGUGCUAUUCAUAUUCCAAAAGGUUUAAUGAUUUACAUGAUUCGUUGUGAUGAAUUAGAUCGUGAAAUGAGGUUAGUUAUGUAUUUACUUGCUUAUUUUACCCCCAAAUGGAACUAUAAAUUAAAAGAUGAGAAGGAAAGUAAUUGUACUAAUUGUGCAAUAUGUAAUAAGGGCAAGAUUUUAUUAUUUGUAAAUUCAAUUUCUUAUGUAUAUAGAUUAUUACCACUUCUUCCACUAGUUUUAUUAGGAAAUGAUAUUCAUUUGAAAAAGUUUACAGGUAAUUUUAAAAGACCAAAGUGCAAUUAUAAUUGCAAAGAUAGUCUAAAGAUAUUGGGUAUUCAUGGAAAUAUCUCUCAAAAACAACGUGUUAAAACAUUGGAACAAUUUAGAUAUAGCAAUUCAGCAAUUUUGAUAUGUACUGAUGUACUAGCUCGUGGAUUAGAUAUCCCUGAUGUUGAAGUUGUAAUCCAUUUACAACCUCCUAGGAAUGCAUCACUAAUGAUCCAUAGAAGUGGUAGAACAGCAAGAGCUACUAAAACAGGUGAAUGUGUUUUAUUUUGUACUCCUAAGGAUGUACCCCUUUAUACAAAAUAUUUACGUGCAAUUUCACAAUCAUAUGAAUCAAUUGCUGCCCCAUAUCAGAUCUCAAAUAUAACUUCUUUUCAUAUUUCUCAUAUACAAAAUAGACUUGCUUUAGCUAUAGAAAUUGAAAAUUUGGGUCACCUUUUUUUUAAAAAAAAAAAAAGUAUGAAUUGGAUGAUUGAAAUGGCUAAGGAAGCUGAUCUUGAACUUUCAGAUGAGGAAGAUUGUAGAAAGGAAUUGAAUCAGCUAGUAAAUACUCAAGAAAUUAAACAAAAGUAUAAGCAAUUAAUAGGAUUAAUCCACUCUUUUGAAAUUUAG